AAUGACUGACUGACUGACUGAUUGACCGAUUGAUUGAUUGACUGAUUGAUCGAUACUAGCUGUUGUUAUGCACCUGAUAGACUUUUCCUAUUUCAUUUCAUUUCUUUAAUCUUCAUUUUCAUUUUCAUUUUGGCCAUGCUACUGUGGUAUCUAUCUAUCAUCUAUCGAUCGUCUACACGUUGUCAUCUGUCAUGUUGUCUACAUGGCUUUCUCUUCCUUUUCCCUUUUUCUUUCUUCACGGAAAACUAAGAUACAAAGAGAGGAAGCAACUCAGUACCUGUCAAUAUGGAUGGGCAUUGAUUUCUACGAUCGGGGUUAUCUUUUUUAUUUCAUCUCAUCUUGUGUUCUGGUCGCAACCUAUGGGACUGGCUGGUCGGCGUUAUCUUCCUCGAUUCUAUCUAAACAUUUCACUACGGUUCAUUUCACUUUUUUUUUCUCUUUGGCUCGAUUUUAUCUUAUGUUACUUACUUGAGCUCUGUCUUGUCGGGUUGGAAAUUAAUGCAUGCAGAAUAGGAUAGGAUAGGACAAUAUUCACCAUGUGGAAUAGAAUGGAAU